GCUCAGCAGGCCACAGAAUCAGAGCUGAACGACCCAGCGAAAAAGUCCCGUCUAAUCAUGAACGGCAAACUUGUGGCUGUCCUGGCUCUUUUCCUGAUCUCAGCGGCUGUGUCUCAAGGUAAGACCCUGGCAAGGAUGGCAACGGAGCUCCGGUGCCAGUGCGUAGCCACUCAUUCCAGGUUCAUCCCUCCUAAAUCCAUUCAAGAUGUGAAGCUGACACAGAGCGGCCCCCACUGCAAGAAUGUCGAAAUCAUAGCUACUCUGAAGGACGGCAGAGAGGUGUGCUUGGAGCCCACUGCUCCCUGGGUACAGGUGAUCGUAAAGGCAAUUUUGGCCAAGGCUCAGCAAAAUUCUGACUCGCCACUCUAAGAAACAUCGGGACAGAAAAAAUACAGGAACUGCUCCUGCUCCUCCAUUGAGAGAAACACUCAGGAAAAGCAUCGGUCGAGCAGUGUACACCUUCCACCUCCUGCAUCAGUUUUAUUAUGUUAUUGAUGGUUUAUGUUAUUUAUUUAUUUAACUGCAUCUAUUUA